AUGGAUGCUGUCCGUGUUCGUUUUGCUCCAAGUCCAACUGGGAACUUGCAUUUAGGAGGACUCAGAACUGCUCUCUAUAACUAUCUGUUUGCUGCCUCUAAUGGCGGGCUUGGAGGCAAUAAUAAGAAGAGUAAAUUAAUCAUGAGAAUUGAAGACACAGAUCAAGAAAGGACAGUACCAGGGACUGUUGAUAGAAUGAUGAAGACGUUUAAUUGGUUAGGAAUUGCUUUUGACGAGGGGCCAGAUGUGGGUGGAAAAUUUGGACCAUAUACUCAAUCACAAAGGCUACAACAUUAUCAACAAUAUGCUCAGGAGUUAAUCAAUAGAGAUGCUUCCUAUUACUGUUUCUGUAGCAAGGAGAGACUGGAGCUACUGAGGAAGACUAAUGGAGGGUAUGACGGGCUGUGUAGGACUUUAUCUCAACGUCAGAUCAACGAGAAACUUUCGCAAGGAACACCUUACGUCACUCGACUAAAAGUUGCUAGUGAAGUAACAACUGUGGUUGAGGACAAGGUGUAUGGUAGUGUCCCUAUUAUUAACAAAAGCAUUGAUGACCAGGUAUUGCUGAAAGGUGAUGGUAUAGUCAAUUUGAAAUGA